UCCCACUGUUUCUUUCUUUGUAACAAUCGCUACAGCUGUGCAAAGUCUGAUCUAUUUUUUGUUUUUUAUUUUUCACACUAAAUUGCUUGGAUUUUGUUUGUUUUAGAGAGAAAUUAUCCACUCCCCCUUUCUUCCGUUUCUUAAGUUUGUUUUACAACAAUCUUUUGAACAUUUACAAUCUUUAUCUUUGCAUUUUCAUUUUCCUCGUUACUUGAUAGGUUGAAGUAGCAUACUGAUCAGAUUGAUCGUAAUCUGGUUUCUUUUUUUUUCCUUAUUUUGUCGUUUAAAUACCGCUUAUUUGACUGCGUUUCUCAUGUCCAUCGCUACUUCUUUUAGACCAGCAAAAGCUGCUUUAGCUUCUGGUUCUGCUCUCUCUUGCAACCGAUUUCUUCAAUCCACUUUGAACACUUCUUCAAAACAAAAGAGAAUGAACUCCACUGCCUCUACCGAACCUUUGUGCCCGAAGGGUGUUCAACCUGGUGAAUUCCGUCAAGAAUCUGACACCUUUGGCCCUGUCCAAGUUCCAGCUGAUAAGUAUUGGGGUGCUCAGACUCAACGUUCUCUUCAAAACUUCCGCAUUGGAGGUCCCGGAGAACGCCUUCCCCUUCCACUGGUCCAAGCCUUUGGUAUAUUAAAAUUUGCUGCUGCUUCUGUCAACAAAACUUUUGGCUUGGAUCCCAAGCUUGCUGGUGCCAUUGAACAAGCUGCUCAAGAAGUUAUUGAUGGUCGCUUGAACGAUAAUUUCCCCUUGGUUGUUUUCCAAACUGGUUCUGGUACCCAAUCCAACAUGAACAGUAAUGAGGUAAUUGCCAACCGUGCUAUCGAAUUACUUGGUGGUACCUUGGGCUCCAAGAAGCCUGUUCAUCCUAACGAUCAUGUCAACAUGUCUCAAUCUUCUAAUGACACUUUCCCCACUGUUAUGCAUGUCGCUUCCGUUUUGCAAAUUCGUAAGCAUCUCCUCCCCGCUAUGGAACUUCUUCGCAACUCUUUAAAGAAGAAGCAAGAUGAAUUUCAAGAAAUUAUCAAGAUUGGCCGUACCCAUAUGCAAGAUGCCACUCCGCUCUCUUUGGGUCAAGAGUUCUCCGGUUACGUUACUCAAAUGGAAUACGGCAUCGCUCGUGUCCACAAUGCCCUUCCUCGUCUUUCUCUUCUUGCUCAAGGUGGUACUGCCGUAGGUACUGGUCUUAACACAUUCAGUGGAUUUGACGUUAAGGUCGCCGAAAAAAUUUCCGAGAAUACUGGAAUUGAAUUUAAGACUGCUCCCAACAAGUUUGAAGCUUUGGCUGCUCACGACGCCAUUGUCGAAAUGAGUGGUGCUUUGAACACUGUUGCUUGCUCCCUCAUGAAGAUUGCCAAUGACAUUCGUCAACUUGGUUCCGGUCCUCGUUGUGGUUUGGGUGAGUUGAUUCUUCCUGCCAACGAGCCAGGUAGCUCUAUUAUGCCCGGUAAGGUCAACCCUACUCAAUGUGAAGCUUUAACCAUGGUUUGUGCUCAAGUUAUGGGUAACAAUACCGCCAUUACUUUCUCCGGUGCUUCUGGCCACUGCGAAUUGAACGUCUUCAAGCCUGUUAUGGCUAAAAAUCUCUUGAACAGCAUUCGCUUGCUCGGAGAUGCUUGCGAGUCUUUUACCGAACACUGUGUUGAUGGUAUUGAAGCCAGCCGUGAUGGCAUUGCUCGUCACUUAAAUGACUCUUUGAUGCUUGUCACUGCUCUUAAUACUCACAUUGGUUAUGACAAUUGUGCCAAGGUUGCCAAGACUGCUCACAAAAACCAAACUACCCUUAAGAAGGAGUUUGUUGACUUAGGUUUUGGCUCUGCUGAACAAUUUGAAGAAUGGGUCCGUCCCGAGUUAAUGAUUUCCCCUAAGAAGUAAAAGUGAUUUGUCUGCUAACACUUCCUUCGUAAAGUUGAUGCCUGUCAAAGUGAAUUUGUUGCCGCAUACUAUUUACUUUGUUCUUGUUGAUGAUGGUUAGACUUAAUUACAACACCCUUCUCACUCCCUAUAGGUACUAGAAAGUUUUGACUGUCUUAAAACUACUCCUAUGUUUUAAACUGGGAGUCAUAAAAUAAUCAGUAUAGUUUGUCGUAAACGUUAACAAUAAACUGAAAAUUCUUUUGAUAUUUCAACUUUCAACAAUUAUUCGCUUCCGUGAA